GGGAGGUGAGACAAGAGAGACACACACAUACACUGAGCCGGGGGGACACGUUGGGAUUGUGCCGGGACCGGAAUACGUAAAAUUAAUAUAAUACGAGACAGUUCACGGUGGCGGUGCGAAGGACGCAUAAACACAGUGUAGCUGCUAGGGUCCAGAGGAGAUGCCACUGAGGUUCCGGUCCUUUGUUCCGUAUACACUUCCUGGAGUGCUAGCUCUCAUAGGCUGGUGGUGGUACAUCUCCCGCAAGAAAGGGCGAAUUACCAGCCACGACAGUGAGGAGGGUUCAGCUAUGGGCUUGCGGACCUCCUCUGGGGAGGGCAGCAAUGGGAUUGUCGAUAAGGGCUGUCACACAGAAAGCACCACACAACGUAGAACCAGUCAAGACCGAGUCAAAGCCAAAGAGCAAAGACCUGUUGUGCAGAAAGUUGUAGCCGAGAUUCACACACCACUGCUAAAAAGGACAUCGGGAGAGGCUCUUGGCGCUCCUCCAGUUGUCCUGGCGAGAGGACAGCGACACACUUCUCAGAGCAAUACAGAAUCAGUCCCCCAACAGAACAACCCAGAGACCACCAGGCAGACGGCUCAAGUCUCCUCUUCAACCCCAAUAAAAACAGUGGAGGAGAGCCCUCAUCACAAAGCACCAGAGGCAGCCACUGAAAGCAUACCCUCAAACCAGUUAUCCCAAGCAAUAGAUUCAGGGAAUACUGCAUCAAUUAAGAAGCAGGGCGAAAAGAAACCACUUAACGGGCAGAGAUCUGCAGAAUUGUCCAAAGCGGAGCGUCCUGAGCCCGAAGGAGAGGUGGCUGCUGAAACCACUGCACCAACUUGUGCCGACUUGACGAAUGUUGUGCUAGCCUCCACUACAUCCUCAACCGAGGACCAAGCUGGGAAGCUGGAGACCAUCAGUCCAAAAACACCCUUGUCUCUGUCUUCGUUCCCCAACUCCACUAGCACACCCCUCUCAGAAAGCUCAUCAGAGGCCAGGCACCAUGAAAACGGAGAACUGGGUUUGCCGGCCGAGACCAGUCCAGACAUGCAAGAGCUCCAGCGUCUCGCAGCAGGACUGAUCACUGAGGUCAUCUCGGCAGCCACCCAGGAGAUCAUGGCGGUCAGCAGCUGUGAGUCCCGGCACAGCAAGGGAUCUGGGGCAGCCGACAGCAGCACACAAGCUGUAAACGGAAGAGAAGACACCAGGGAUAAGGAUCGGUGUGUACAUCUGGAAAGCACUUCUUUAAAAAGUCAUGCAGAGACACAGGCAGCGCAGAUAACAGAAGAGAUAGUCAAUGGUUGUCUGGCGCCUUCUCUGUGGAAGAUGCCGGAAAGUGACAAGAGGAGAGCGGAGAGUGAUGAAAGAGGCUUGUUGACAAUGUCAUCUGGGGAACAACUGGAGUCAACAUCGGUUCUGGCCAGACUCCAUGCGGAGGAAGCUCUGGUUGAAGACUCGGGAUGUAGUACAUGCCAGUCCGAGGAUGGAGUUAGCACAGAGGACCUCCAUUGCACAGGGUUUUCCUCUGUUGUGUCUGAGAGCAAAGAGGACCUUAUUCAAAUUUCAGGUACAUGUAGGGUGUCAGAGGGUCAUGGAGAUGGACUGCUGGAGAGGUCUGCUUUGUCUGCCACUCAGGAGUCUGAACUUACUGCAGAAAAUGUGGCUACAGUUUGUGAAGCAGCACAGUUUAACGGCACAGGGCUUAGGAACAGUGCCGCUAGUGAGGUAGAAGCUGACCAAUCUGGAGGUUCAGAUGUGAAUAGCAUGGAUUCAGUGGACAGCUUUUCCACUUUGGGGAUGGGAGACAGCCAACCGAGUGGCAGCCAGGCCUGUCAAUCACAGAGCUCAGAUCUUAUUGUGUGGGAGAUUGAGGUGCCAAAGCAUCUUGUUGGGCGGCUAAUCGGCAAACAAGGGAGAUACGUGAGCUUCCUGAAGCAGAGUUCCGGUGCUAAGAUCUACAUUUCAACCCUGCCUUACACUCAAGAGUUCCAGAUCUGCCAUAUAGAGGGGACCCAGCAGCAGGUUAAUAAGGCACUGGCUCUGAUUGGGAAAAAGUUCAAAGAUUUGGACCUGACAAACUUGUACGCUCCACCUGCCCCACCACUAACGCUGCCCUCCUUGCCCAUGACUUCCUGGCUUCUGCUGCCCAAUGGGGUGACCGUUGAGGUUAUUGUGGUGAACAUUGUCUCGGCCGGUCAUGUGUUUGUCCAGCAGCACACUCACCCGACAUACCAUGCCCUGCGCAGCCUGGACCAGCAGAUGUUCCUUUGCUACUCCCAGCCCGGCACACCCACCUUGCCGUCACCCGUUGAAGUUGGUGUGAUUUGUGCGGCCCCAGCUGUCGAUGGAGCCUGGUGGCGAGCGCAGGUUAUCUCAUUCGACAAAGAUUCAAAUGAAGUAGAGAUCCGAUAUGUAGAUUACGGAGGCUAUGACAGAGUCAAGAUUGAUUCUCUUCGUCAGAUCAGGUCUGACUUUGUGACAUUACCGUUCCAAGGAACUGAAGUUUUACUGGACAACAUCGCCCCUCUUCCAGGAGAGGACAGGUUCUCGACUGAGGCCAAUUCAGCAUUCGAAGAAUUGACCAGAGGGGUUCCUUUGCUGGCACAAGUCACCAACUAUGACAACAAUACAGGACUACCUUUAGUACAAAUGUGGAACAUGGUGGGAGAGGAGCUGGUCCUACUGAACCGCACUUUGGCAGAGCGAGGUCUUGGCACCUGGGUGGACAGUUUCUGAUCCUCAAGCCUGUGCUCCCUCGUUCCCUACUCUUCAGACCACCUGCCCCCUAAUUAUCAUCAUCAUGCUUUAUGAAGAUCUGCAGGUUCUGUCCUCACACCACCAUGAAGUGCACAUCAAUGGCCAUGAGAAUUUCAUUUUUGAUUUGCUGUCCCCGCCUUUUCCGUUUUUUUUCUACCGCCUUUCACAAGAAAUCUAUGUGCUAUAUAAAAGAAAAAUGAAUAUAGACAAGUGUCAAUGACCGAAACACCCAAUAAGGACUGAAGAAGUGUCUUGACUCUCUGCUCUUGUAAAUUUAAAUAUUGUAACUAAAUAAAGGUAAAAAUGUUUCCACCCUACCAGACUCUUUCCAGCACAAUCCCGACAGUGGAUUAUAAUGACCGUAGAUGGAAGAUGGAAAAACUAAUUUUUUUAAAUAAAAAUAACAUUGAGUCGAGAAGAAAACAGGUGCAGUGAAAGCUGUUGUUACUGUUGUAAUGUUGGAACUACAUGGCAUCAUGUUUGUCUUAACAUUAUUAUGGCUUCGUUCCAGUGUCUCACUCUCCAACAAGGUUGGUUUUUGGAAGCAAUUGAUUCUUGUAAGGAAUAGUUCUGCGGAGCCAAUGCAGAAUAAUUGGUUCACAACUGCAAGACCUCCAUUUCAAUGUCUGUCCAUAUAACGGUGUGCCCUUAGAGGCGGAGACGACACCCAUCCCAUCACCCCCCUUAUCACUCUCUGGAUCUUUAGUACUCGUCCUGCAGACUGCUUUUGAUGUGAAAAGGCCUGACACCAAGCUUCACUUUGAGGUCAUGCAGUCUUUGAAUUACUUCUACUACACUUAAGUUUUUUAAUUCAAGAGACAUCUACGCCCUCUUGACCUCUGGGCCUUUUUUGGGAAGACUACACAAGUCCUCUAGCCCUAGAGUAACACUAGAGCUUGAAUUGGUGCUGCAAUAGAAGGUAAAAGGGCAUCCUACACCUAUCCUGACCUGUGGACACAAACCUUUGGCCUGAACGAACUACUACAUAAACCAGAACACUACUGUGUUACUGGCACUACUGGGUAGAUGAACUGCAUAUAAUGAAUGGGUCUGUAUAUAUUUUUGUAUGCAUGUAAUUCUGCUCCAAAGCACGUGUUUGGCCUCGUGCAUUGUCAAUUCACUCACCACUUUCGCACUUCACUGUGUACCAUCAUAAGUGUGAUGGACGCUGGCUUGCAUUUCACUCAGAUCGUGCAAAAAAGUCCCAUAAAGUUUCUGGCCCACGACAAUGUUCCAUAGAUACUAAUUGCCAUUACUGACAUCUGCUACUCUCUGAAUUCUGUAAUAACAUGAUACACUGUGUUCAAUCCCAGAAACCCACCUUCCUGUCAUUUAUACACCAAUUGGCUACUAGGAGAAGCUCCCGAUUCACUUGUCUUGAAAAAGAUAUAAGCCUUAUUCGUUGCUUUUUUAUGUUGGUUUUACAUGGGUUGUGAAGUCACAUUAAUACUGUAUCUGUAAUUUGUAUCAAUUAUAAUGGCACAGAGAUUAAUAAUAUUCCUCUUCCUUUUUUGUACGUUUUCAUUGAUCAUUAUUUUUCUAAUGAUAUUUGGCCAGAACUUGCCCCUAUUUCUGCUGCUUAAAUAUUUUUAGUCCAAUGUUGUUUUGACCCCAGAAUGUCUAAUUUUGUUCCUGUAUGGCAUUUAGCUUGCUCAUCGGUUGUCUGGUUGGUUUUGAUUGUUACAGUUUAAGACUUUCUUUUUGUUUGUUUUUAAAGCCCUCUAGCUGGGUGCAUUUGGAUCUGCAUUGAGCAAAAAUUGAGUAAGUAAAUCACUGUGUAUAUUUGGCCUCAGACUAGAAAUGUUCUGGACAAAAUCUUUAAAGGUUUAGUACAUCCAAAAAUGUAUAUUCUGUCAUUUACUCCUGUUGAGAAUGAUUGCCUCAGUCAUCAUUCACUUAUCCGUUAUUCCGAACACCUCCCUUUGUGGUCGACAGGGAAAAGAAGCAAGUCAUACAGAAUUGAAACAACAUGAUGGUGAGGAGAUGAUGAGAGUUUUAAUUUUUGGGUGUGCCCUCUUUUAAACAAAAUGUUCCUUUAAAACAAAAUAAAUGGUAAAACGCCACUAUCAGUAGAAUAGAGCUCAAUAUGCGAAAACUGACUGCACUGGAAAGGAAAAAGUUUUGGAGAAGGGUGAGACUUUAGUGAGGGGCUCUACACAAACAUGUGUUGUUUUUUUUGUACUGUCUUGCAUCCAUCCCAGGCAUGAGCUCUUAAUUUGAUAAUGUAUUCUAUGUUACAGGACUGAUAUUAAUAUUUUUUAAGGAAUGGAUGUGCUUGACCUAUGUCAGGGUGUUUAGCCUUUUGUGGAAUUUCCCUGUGCGUCUGCCUGCAGUAAAGUAGGUGAAUGAAUAAGGAGCCACAUUGACCUCAGAGACUAAUUCUAUAAUUCUCCUUUAACUAUAAAUCUUUAGGUCUGCAUUUUCAUUUCAUUUAUUGAUCAUACACUACUCUCUUCACUGACAUGGUUUCCAACCACCAUUGCAAAAUGUGUUCUCUGUAUGUUCCUACCCGCUCUCCUUCAAUGGAAAAUCAUGCUACUUUUGACAUGUCCAGGUGUGUGUGUGUGUGUGUAUGUAUAUACCCACACACAAGGUGUCUCACUGUACUUUUCUAAAAACACUGGAGCGAGUGUAGGAAACAAAAGGGAUUUUUUUUUAUUAAUUUUUUUUCACACCCCUUUCCAAAAUCUGCUCAUUUGUUCUCUGUUGGUAGGAAUGGUUUGAAAUGUUUGCUUGGCUAGAUAAUUAAUCAUUUGAUUAUUUAAAUUAGUGUAAGCAAUCCUGCAUAGACAUGUACAGGUCAGAUUGUUUUUUUUGUUUUUUUGGACAGACUCGAUAAGAUUCUUUGGUUGUACAGCUCUAUUCGAGGAAAAAAAAAAGAAUAAAGUUAUUAAAAACGUAUAAUUUCGUUUUUUAAUUUUGAGAUGGACACUUCAACAGAAGUCAACGAGUAAUGAAUGUGUAAUUUACACUCUGUUAAAAGUUAGGAUACACUUACAUAUGUUAUUUUCCAAUGUUUUAGAAUAAUCAAAAUGGCCAUUUCUGUGUUCAUAUGUUACUGUGAAGUUAAAGGAAAAUUCCAGGUGCAGUACAAGUUGAGCUCAUUGA